AUGUCCACCCUCCCAGUUGCCCCCGACCCACCCACACCACUCGGUCGCUAUCGUCUUCUCUCGCCAACAGCCAGCAUCCGUGUCUCGCCAAUCGCACUAGGCGGGAUGUCUAUCGGUGACAAAUGGGGCAGCUCGACGAAGGAAGGGUCUUUCAAAGUGAUGGAUGCAUAUUACGAGGAGGGAGGGAAUUUUAUUGAUACGGCGAAUGGAUACCAGGACGGAAGCUCCGAGGAGCUCAUUGGGGAGUGGAUGGAGCUAUGCGGGAAUAGGGAUCAAAUGGUCGUCGCUACGAAAUACUCCUCCCCGUGGAAACGCCACGACCCCUCCGUGGUCCAAAAGGUCCACUACACAGGCAACGGCACGAAAUCCAUGCACGUCUCUGUUGAUGCGUCUCUCCGCAAGUUGAGGACUAGUUAUAUCGAUAUUUUAUACGUGCAUUGGUAUGACUGGGAUACGAGCGUGCAGGAGUUGAUGGGGAGCUUGCAUAAUUUGGUCGUUGCCGGGAAGGUUCUUCACUUGGGUAUAUCUGACUCGCCAGCGUGGUUCGUUACCAAAGCGAACCAGUACGCAACCGAUCACGGAAAAACACCUUUCUGCAUCUAUCAAGGUCAAUGGAAUCUCGCGCUGCGCUCAUUCGAGCGCGAUAUCAUCCCCAUGGCGCGUGCUGAAGGACUGGCACUAGCCCCCUGGGACGUCCUAGCUCGAGGCAAAUUCCGCACAGAAGCAGAAGCCCAAAUCCAGAUCGCCGCGGGAGACAAAGGCCGUGUUGCUUUCGGGUCCGAGAAACUCGAAGCCUCGGAGGACGAAAAAAAGGUCAGCGCUGCGCUGGAGAAAGUCGCAGCUGAUGUCGGAGCGGGUAGUAUUCAAGCUGUUGCCAUCGCUUACCACCUCCAAAAGACACCCUACGUCUUCCCGAUCAUCGGAGUCAGCAAAAUCGAGAAAAUGCACAAAAACAUCGAAGCGCUGCAGAUCCGACUUUCCGAAGAGCAGAUGACUUUCUUGGAGAGCGCACUCCCUUUCGACGUCGGGUUUCCUAACUGGCUCAUUGGCGAUGGGACGAAGGAGCAUGAUAUCAUGAAAAUAUCGACGCGGCUUGAUGUGUGGCCCAAGCCUGAGCCGAUUAAGCCUGCUUGA